UUAGCCUCACACCCUCACCCCUUCCUAAAAGGAAUCUCAUCGUACCCUCACCAUAUCCAGCCGUAGAUCUCUGUUUUUCUUGUCUUCAAACCUCUCUCUCCCUCUCUAUAAACUUCUGUAUCAUCUUCAACAAAUUAACACUUGAACCGAAGAAGAACAACUGGCAAACAUGUUCAAAUCUCCAGACCUCCCGGAUUGUUUGUAUCAAAACCAACCAGUUCUAAUCUCCCCUUCUAUCCCUACCCCAAACCAUUCUCUAUAUCUCUCCAAUCUUGAUGAUCAAAAGUUCCUUAGAUUCUCCAUUAAAUAUCUCUACCUUUUCAAAAAAUCUGUGAGCUCAGAUAUCUUGAAAUAUUCACUCUCUAAAGUUCUCGUGGAGUACUACCCAUUAGCCGGGAGGUUGAGAACCACCAAAGAAGACGAUCAGAAGCUUGAAGUAGAUUGCAAUGGAGAAGGUGCGGUCUUUGCUGAAGCUUUCAUGGAUAUCACAGCUGAACAGUUUCUUGAACUUUCUAGCAAACCAAACAGGUCUUGGAGAAAGCUUUUGUAUAGAGUGGAAGCCCAGAGCUUCUUGGAUAUUCCUCCUCUUGUCGUUCAGGUAACGAAUCUGCGGUGCGGAGGAAUGAUAAUAAGCACAGGAGUUAAUCACUGCGUAUGUGACGGUAUAGGCACAUCCCAGUUCUUGCAGGCAUGGACCCACUUCACCACAAAACCGAAUCAUGAUCUUCCAAUCGUGCCGUUUCAUUCCCGAUACGUGUUAAAACCCCGAAAUCCCCUACAAGUUACCUUCACUCAUCCUAGUUAUGUCAGAACUGCGGACACUGAACCACAACCGGCCUUGUGCCUUAACCACUAUUUACAGUCUCAGCCACUGGUGCCCGCUUCCUUAACCUUUAGCACGUCUCAUAUCCUCCACCUCAAGAGGCAGUGCGUGCCCUCACUCAAGUGUACCACCUUCGAAAUACUGGCAUCACACGCGUGGCGCUGUUGGGUUAGAUCACUGGACUUGCCAUCUGCCCUCAACGUCAAGCUCCUUUUCUCAGUUAACGUCAGGAAAAAGUUAAUCCCAGAAAUACCACCAGGGUAUUAUGGCAAUGGAUUCGUCCUUGGGUGUGCUCAGACCUAUGUUAAGGAUUUGGUCUCUAGUACUUUGCAUCAUGGGGUGAAGUUGGUUCAACAUGCUAAAUCUUGUUUAAGCGAUGAUUAUGUGAGGUCAAUGAUUGAUUUCUUGGAGGAUAAAACCGUAAAAACUGACCUUUCGGCAAGUUUGGUCAUCUCUCAGUGGUCAAAAUUAGGAUUAGAGGAUUUGGAUUUUGGAGAAGGGAAGCCAUUGCAUAUGGGGCCUUUGACUAGUGACAUUUACUGCUUGUUUUUGCCGGUUAUUGGCGAUGAUGAAGCGGUCACCGUGCUCGUGUCGCUGCCAGAGAGUGCGGUUGUGAAGUUUGAGCAUUAUAUGAAGGAGGAUUUUUGGGAUAAAGAAGCCAAUGAUAAUGGGUAUCAUCUAGAAGAAAAUGGAUUGAUUUGAUUAAUUAUGCCAUAUAAUUGUGUUUUUUUCUCCUUAAUAAUCAUUCUACUUAAUAUAAGAACCAUUUAUGAUGGGAUCAAACUACUGUGUCAUGUAUUGUCAAAGUGAAUUUGGCUGACUCAAUGUUUUCUACAACUUC